AUGGGGGCACCUCAGCUUCUCUGCAGCCUUUCUCUCGUCCUAGCGAUCCAAAUAGUUCCUUCCCAGCCCACUGAAGGCAAGAGUCUAAUGAUGCAGAUGUCGGGGACUGGGAUCAGAGAUGUGCCAAGGACACUGCUAGGUAUGACAACUGCUUGCAAAUUUAUCUCCAAAGGAGCAUCUCUGAGCACUGCAGGGCUCCAGAACAUCCCAUCCAGACCAUUCCCUGGUCCAGCUAUGAGCCGCCCAAAGCGGCGCACGUGGGAGAGGACAGAGGAGCGAGAGUGCCGCCUGCAAAGCCUGCUGGUUCGCAUCAAGGACCUGGGCUUAGGCUACAACUCUGAAGAGACCAUCCUGUUCAAGUACUGCAGCGGGAGCUGUCCCAAGGCCCGCAGCAACCACGACCUGACCCUCUCCAUUCUGCUGCAGAGGAGCGAGAUCCCGGCCUUGGGUGACCCUUGCUGCCGCCCCACACACUUCGAGGAUGUGGCCUUUCUGGACGAUGGCCACCAGUGGCAUGAGGUGGAGAAGCUCUCAGCCUCUGCCUGCAGCUGCGUGGGCUGA